AUGAUGGGGUGGAGAAUGGCGGAGGAAGGGUGGAGGAAAGGACCUUGGACUCCGGCAGAAGAUAAGUUGCUUAUGGAGUAUGUUGCAUUGCACGGGGAGGGGAGAUGGAGCUCCAUAGCUGGUUACUCAGGAUUGAAGAGGAAUGGAAAGAGUUGUAGGUUACGUUGGGUGAAUUACUUAAGACCCGGCCUUAAGAAAGGCCAUUUAUCGCCUCAAGAGGAAGGCAUUAUUAUCGAGCUUCAUGCCUUAUGGGGAAACAAAUGGUCCACAAUAGCUAGGUAUUUGCCAGGAAGAACAGAUAAUGAAAUAAAGAACUAUUGGAGAACUCAUUUCAAGACGAAAGGAAAACCUUUGCAAAAUGAGAAAAAGAGAAAGUAUGAAGCUGAAUUUAGCAAUAGUACUCAAGAACAAGGAGUUAUAGGAAGUAUGCAUAGUGAAACAUUACAUGAUCAAUCAGAAGAUAACGAUAGUGGGAUGAUCAUUGAACCAUCGCAAGCCACGCUGCAAGACACUAGAGCCAUCUCAUGUCCAGUGAUGACUAGCGAGCAGCAGCAACAAAAUCCGUGUGUCUUGGCUCAAGAUGUUGCACGAUGGUGGGACACAGUAUCGGAUGAUGGCUUAUGGAGUACUGGAUUUUUGUGGGAUCAUGAUCAUCCAAGCGAAGCUGUGAUAGAGCAAUCAUUUAGUUCAUGUUUUUGA